CACUAUGGACAGUCUAAACUUUUUAAUGAUGCAAUGGAUAUUUUGAAUAUGGUGUUUACUGCAGUGUUUACUGUUGAAAUGGUUCUGAAACUCAUUGCAUUUAAACCGAAGCACUAUUUCACUGAUGCAUGGAACACUUUUGAUGCCUUAAUUGUUGUUGGUAGCGUCGUUGAUAUUGCUAUAACCGAAGUUAAUCCAAAGCCAAGUGAAACUGUCACAACUGAUGAAUCUGGGAACAGUGAAGACAGUGCUAGAAUCUCCAUCACAUUUUUCCGUCUGUUCCGAGUUAUGCGAUUAGUGAAGCUCCUCAGCAGGGGAGAAGGAAUCCGAACUUUAUUGUGGACAUUUAUUAAGUCAUUUCAGGCUCUGCCAUAUGUUGCCCUUCUGAUAGCUAUGUUGUUUUUCAUCUAUGCUGUUAUUGGAAUGCAGGUAUUUGGCAAAGUUGCUCUGAAAGAUGGCAAUCAAAUUAACAGGAACAACAACUUUCAAACCUUCCCCCAAGCGGUGCUUCUUCUCUUCCGGUGUGCUACAGGAGAGGCUUGGCAGGACAUCAUGCUAGCUUGCAUGCCAGGAAAACGUUGUGAUUCAGACUCCGAUUUUAACCCUGGAGAAGAAUACACAUGUGGAAGCAAUUUUGCUAUUAUUUAUUUCAUCAGUUUCUAUAUGUUAUGUGCUUUUUUGAUUAUCAAUCUUUUUGUGGCUGUCAUCAUGGACAACUUUGAUUAUCUGACACGUGAUUGGUCUAUCCUUGGUCCACAUCAUCUGGAUGAAUUUAAAAGAAUAUGGUCAGAAUAUGAUCCUGAAGCAAAAGGGAGAAUAAAACACCUUGAUGUUGUUACUUUAUUGCGACGUAUCCAGCCUCCCCUUGGCUUUGGGAAGUUAUGUCCUCACAGAGUAGCCUGCAAGAGGUUGGUAGCCAUGAACAUGCCCCUAAACAGUGAUGGAACAGUUAUGUUUAAUGCUACUCUAUUUGCUUUAGUAAGAACAGCCUUGAAGAUCAAAACUGAAGGAAAUUUAGAGCAAGCAAAUGAAGAACUCAGGGCAGUCAUAAAGAAAAUCUGGAAGAAAACUAGUAUGAAGCUCCUGGACCAAGUUGUUCCUCCUGCUGGUGAUGAUGAGGUAACCGUGGGGAAGUUCUAUGCCACCUUUCUGAUACAGGACUACUUUAGGAAAUUCAAGAAACGGAAAGAACAAGGACUGGUGGGAAAAUACCCUGCAAAGAACACCACCGUUGCAUUACAGGCUGGGCUUAGAACACUUCAUGAUAUUGGACCUGAAAUUCGGCGAGCUAUCUCCUGUGAUUUGCAAGAGGAUGAACCAGAACAAAAUCAUCAUGAGGAGGAAGAAGUAUAUAAAAGAAAUGGUGCCCUGUUUGGAAACCAUAUCAAUCAUGUUAGCACUGAUACAAGGGAUUCAUUUCAACAGAUCAAUACUACCCAUCGCCCCCUGCAUGUGCAAAGGCCACUGGUUUCGUGUAUGGUGGACACGACUGAGAAAAAUGUGCAUCCACCAACAGGAAACUCUUUAUUCCAUAAUCAUCAUAGCCAUCACAACCACAACUCUGUAGGGAAGCAAGUUCCAAAUUCCACAAACGCUAACCUCAAUAAUGCCAACAUGUCCAAGAUGGCAAACAGAAAACAUGCAAGUGCUGGAAGUCAUGAUCAUAUGGAAACUGGGAGCCAUUCAUACUCCAGAAAAGAUCACUGUGAACAACGUAGACGAUCAUCCAAAAAGAGUAGAGCUCGUUAUUAUGAAGCUUACAUUAGGUCAGAAUCGGGUGAUAGACAUUUACCAACAAUUUGCCGAGAAGACCAUGAAAUUAGAGAUUAUUAUAAUGAUGAUUGCUAUCUGGAUGAUCAGGAAUAUUUUAGUGGUGAUGAGUAUUAUGAAGAAGACAGUAUGUUGUCAGGAAGCUGGCAUUCUCACGACUACCAUAGCACAUGUCACUGUAAUGAUUUAGAUUUUGAACGGCCAAAGGGUUAUCAUCACCCACAUGGUUUUUUUGAGGAAGAUGACUCACCCGUGUAUUAUGAUUCCAAAAGAUCUCCUAGGAGACGGCUGCUACCUCCAACGCCUACAUCCAAUCGCCGCUCUUCCUUUAAUUUUGAAUGCCUCCGCAGGCAGAGCAGCCAUGAUGAAUUACCACCUUCCCCUACCUUUCAUCAACGCACUGCUUUACCUCUGCAUUUAAUGCAACAGCAGGUCAUGGCAGUUGCAGGUCUGGAUGCCACUAAAGUGCACAGACAUUCUCCAAGUCGCUCAACACGUUCCUGGGCUACACCACCUAACCGGGACCGCACUCUUUAUUACACCCCUCUCAUACAAGUUGAUCAACCUGAUUCUACAGGAUAUAUGAAUGGUAGUUUGCCGUCUUUGCAUAGGAGUUCCUGGUAUACCGAUGACCCUGAUAUUGCAUAUCGGACAUUUACACCAGCUAAUUUGACUGUACCAAGUGACUUUAGGCAUAAGUAUAGCGACAAGCAGAGAAGCGCCGACAGCUUGGUAGAAGCGGUGCUUAUAUCUGAAGGAUUAGGACACUAUGCAAGGGACCCAAAGUUUGUUUCUGCAACAAAACAUGAGAUUGCAGAUGCUUGUGACAUGACUAUUGAUGAGAUGGAAAGUGCUGCAAGCCACCUUCUCAAUGGAGACAUUAGCAAUGGAACUAACGGUGACAUGUUCCCUAUUUUAAAUAGACAAGAUUAUGAACUUCAAGAAUUUGGUCCCGGCUUUAGUGAUGAAGAGCCGGAUCCUGGAAAAUAUGAAGAAGACUUAUCUGAUGAAAUGAUAUGCAUUACAACCUUAUAGUAUUUAGUGAGGAAAAAAAAUGUUUGAUUUUAAAACAAACAGAAGUGCCUCCUAGUUCUAUGAUGCUAGGCACUAGUUGGAAUCAAUAAGGAAUCAAGCUUUGCAUGAGUGAUGAUAUUGUUAUGUUGUGAGGAAGCCAUACUUUUAUUUAUUAGUACGUGUUUCCAGUAUGAUGAAUCAGGAUUCGAAUGAUUUCUUCAAGGCCUUUGCUACAGAGUCGCGAGCUCAUCAGGGAAAGAAGGCAGAUCUUUAGAACCAAGAAGAUUCUAACCCGUUUGUGUUAAAACAAUAACAGAGAAAGUGGAAAGAUUGCUGUCUUCCAAUUGUGUUCUGCUGCCUUCCAGGGUGUUCACAAUUCUCAGUGGAAAAAAGAUUGGCACUUUUAACAAGGUCUUCAGAAGGCUGUGGUGAUGACAAUCAAAGAUGUCAUUACCUCUGAUCACAAAGCAUAUCAGAAUUCCACUGCAUUCAGCAUAUCCACUCAGAUAUAUUGUUUUCAAUUUUGCUUAUUAUUUUGGGGGGGGAAUAAUUCCUUAAUACAUUUUAUCAAACUCUUUUUUGCAAGAGAUUGUUUCAUCCACUGCUGAAAGCGUUUUUCUCAUAUGUAACAGCAGUUUACAUAGUACAAUAUCAUUAAAAAUAGUCUGUUUUAUGACUAUCAUAUCAAGGGCAAAAUACACUGGAAUAUUUGCAUUUUUACUAAUGCACUUGCAACCAGGUUAAAGUAGAGUUAGAUAGGACAGUUUGUUAAAAACUAUAUAGCAGAGAUUAUUGUAAAUAAAUUCUAAUCUACCAUAAUUUGUAUUUGUAAAGAGAUGUUCUAUAUUUUGUAAUUAUUGUACCGUAAUUGAACCGCAGCAAUAUUUAUGGAGCCUCAUUAUUGUAAUUCUUCACUGAAUUCUAAAUAGAAGUAUUUUUACUUGGACUGUAUAGCACUAUAGAAUUAAAUAUUUAAAUAGAGCCACCUUCAUUAUAAAAUGUUUUUGAAGUAAAGAUUAAAAAAAACUUAAUGCAACACAGAUUUUAUAAAAUAUUUUCAGUCAAUUGGAUUCUCACUUUACAAUGUUAAGAUAUAGAAAAUGAGUAAUUACAAUCUUGUAUUUGGAAAGUUAUUUGGAAUCUGCUGUCUUUUUGACAGAAAACAAACUGGAUUUAUUUAUCUCUACGACUACUCUUGCAAUAACAGCUAGAAACAAGAAUAAUGAAAAAGCUAUUUGUUUGGCAAGGUUUUCUUUUACUUUGAAAUAAACACAGAUUGAAGUUCCAAUCCUACAUCAUUUUCCUGAUAGAAAGCCCUAUUGUAUAAAAUGGGAUUAUUUUUAAUGAAGGUGCAUAGGAUUGGACCAUCAUGAGUAGUAUUCUUCUUGGUAAAGAUUUCCUACAGAGAUAUAAUUUACAAGAUGGAUAGUUAACAAGUUACACAACAUAAAGUGGAAUGUAUGAUGAUGAUGAUGAUGAUGAUGAUGAUGAUGAUUUACAUAACCAAAACAUUCCUAAACUAGUGAGAAUAUGGCAUGGUUGACAAACUUUUUGAUGUUCUACAUGUAAUGUUUCAGGAUUUGUUUUUAUGCAAUCAAAGGAGGGCUUCAAUGUUGUUUGUGAUGCAGUAAAAUCCCGAUACUGAAGAUGAUAUGAUUUUGGAGAUCAAUAAAUAUCAAAAGUUUAUUUUAUUAAUAUUGGAUAAAUGGACUUGUUCUGCCAAGCAACUUUAUCAGGGUUAUCUGUAUUAACAAAAUAGGUAGCAACUGUCACGUUUCAAAAGUGACAUACACAGCUAAGAUUAAUAUAAACAUUUUUGUACACAGUGGCAAUUUGCUAUGAAUACCUUACAAACCUCUUCUUUCAAAUGUCAGGAGAGAAUUUAAAGGUUUGUACAUUAUUUCUUGACCUACAUCAUUUUGUAUGAAAAUAAAU